AUGACUCCAGCCUUCUUCUUCUCCCUCUUCCUCUCAAUGACGGCCGUUUGUCUGAGGGCUGCUGUCAUUAGAGAUAUAAGUGAUGAGACUUUGGGUGCCUCAGCGAUCAUUGAAAGAGUCAAUGCUAACUCAUCAAAACCGCUGGUUCAUGGCGACAUUGUACCUGCUUCUACCAGGAAUGCUGAUCCAUGCACAGCCAUUGGCUGCAAGUGGCCGAAAACUGGAAGCUACGUCUACGUACCUGUCUCCAUCGGCUCUGAAUAUAGCGACCAAGAGCGCAACAUCAUCAUCAAUGCCCUAGUCACCUUCCACGCUUCCACCUGCAUUCGGUUUGUCUGGAGGACAAACCACGUUGAUUUCAUUCACUUCUUCUCUGGACAAGGGUGCUAUUCAUACGUGGGCCGUCAGAGCCGAGGACAGGUAAUCUCCCUACAGAGAAAUGGUUGCUUGUAUCAGUCGACGGUGCAACAUGAGGUUCUUCAUGCUUUGGGCUUCCACCACGAGCAGGUCCGCUCCGACAGAGAUCUGUAUGUGACGAUCCUUACCGCGAACAUCAUCCCAGGACAAGAGAAAAACUUUGUGAAAGUGGCCACCAACAAUUUGCAGACUCCCUAUGACUUCAACUCUGUCAUGCACUAUCGCAGAGACGCCUUCUCCAAGAAUGGGCAGCCAACGAUUGUUGCCAAGUCCAAUCCUAAUCUUAAUUUUGGAAAUGCUUUUCAAAUGAGUGCCAAUGACAUUGCUCGUGUAAACAGGCUUUAUGGAUGCUAUCCUCAUAUCUCCUCCUCUGUCCCUCCGUCCACGCCGCGCAGGAUUGCAGCUCCAGGAUACCCGUAA